AUGCGGCGUGCAUUGAUCUGUGCACAAGCUUUUCCGCCACUGCUGAAGCAGGCUGGUGGCGUAGCAAAGGAUUACCUAGCACUCUGCAGAGCAUUGAUCGAUGGUCUCGGAUGGCAAGUGACCUUGCUUUCUCCGGUGAGCAUCGCAGAGUCGGGUGAGGCAGACGUGGAGCGGUGGCUGACAAGUGGUCAACUCGUCCAUGUUCCAGUCUGGGCUCUACAGGCUUCAAAUGCACUUGGGGUGGCCGUUUUAAUGGACUUCUUCUCUGUCCACAACACAUGCCGGCUGGUGUGGGAGCUGCUAAAUGGAGGUCACGCACUAUGCUUCAUCGAUGAUAGCUGCAUGCGAAUAGCACCAUUGAUGCUAAUGAGGGGCCUGGGAAUUCCUGGCAUAGCCUCGACCCACUCAGACGUCCCUUCUCAUCCGGUGUACCAACAGUUUAUUAUGCUGAAAAUUCUCUGGUGGCUACAUUUGGCAUCCGCAUAUUUUGCGACGCUUCACGCGUCAGUGGCGCACGUGUAUGCCAACUCACUGUGGGAACGCUACAGGAUACCUGUGGAUGCUGUGUGGCCUCCUGUUCUUUGGUCCGACGCAUUUCGCCGGCCCCUGCACGACAUAGAGGAAGCUGCGUUGAGCAAACGUGCAUGCUGGAUUCAAGAGUUGGGCUUCGAGCCAAAGGCGAUAUUCUUAUUUGCUGGCAGAUGGUCGGCGGAGAAGCGGAUCCACUUGUUACAUGAUGCGAUCCCACAGGAAUGUGCCCUAAUCAUAGUGGGUGACAGCGAUGCCGACUAUGCAGAUCAGAUUGAAGCGAGCACGCGGCACAACGUCUUGCCGAAGCGAGGCAUGCUUGGUGCAGAAGAUCUGCGCAUAGCCUACGCUGCCAGUGAUCUCUUCGUUUCUGCAAGUACAUGCGAGACGCUGGGGAACACGAUCGUUGAGGCAUGGAGUGCUGGCAUUCCAGUGGCGGUCCAUCCUGUUGGAGGGCACCUAGAAUUUGUGAAGGAUAACGAGAAUUCGUACCUAGUCAACUUCGAUUCGAGUGAAGAAGCUCGUGAUCGGCUCUCUGCAAUUGUGGCCGGAGGUGCCAAAGCUUCUGUCGAGCCCGACCUUUCAAAGAUGGGCGACUAUUUUCGGACCCUGGAUUUUCCAAGCGAGAUCCAGAGGCGCCUCUUGGAGCCCGCGCUGUCAGCAGCGGCGUCAUGGCAAGCGCUCACCGGGUGGCGCUGGGUGGUUGAGAAGCUGAUUCGUAUUCUUCUUUUGCUGGCUUGCUGUCUGAUCUGGCCGGUGACAGUUGUGUGGUCGCGGGCAUAUUUCGCCAUAUCCUGCGACCCUAUCUACAGGUACGUAGAGCCUGGGACGGCCAAGGAGCCUGAUGCCAGCAAUCGAAGUCCAGGACGCGCUUGGUUUGCUAACACACUGCUGCACGAAACUGGCUUGAAGGUGGCUUUCUCUUUGGCAUGGGCAGGUAGGGACCAGUGGGGGCUUGGCUUCGAGAGUAUCUUCGAGCAUCCGGCACCUCUUGCAGCUAAUCCCUUCAGAUUUUGUCAGGGCUUCAGUUCCUAUAAGACUGGAGCAGUGUGUUCCAGAAGCCUGACUACAGAGUCCCGUGUGCAAUGUAAUUCGGUAGCAGAAUCUGAGAACAGCAUGAAAGGCCCGGAGUGA